UGGUGCUGAAUUGGUAAUCAUUCGUACGACAUGUCGUCAUUUAGUUGUUGAAUCUAGACUGAGGGCGGAAUCAAGGCAGUGACCCAAUCGAUCUUCUCUCAUCCUCCAUCUUGUUUUUGAUUUCCUUCCCAAUUCCGUCGAAGUGAGCUUCUUCAGCUUUCUACAAUUCCACUUUGAUCGAAGGUAAAAACACAUGGGGAGAGAGGUAGCAGAGAGUUGCGUUGACAGUCUUUUGACGGAAAUGGUUUCCACUUAUUGCCAUCGAUUCUACGCCAAUAAGCCGGAGCUAGCCGCCCGUCGCAUCGAGGCAAUUGGUUAUCAGGUUGGCCAUCAGCUCUCCGAACGGUAUACGAUGGAGCGGCCUCGGUUCACGGAUCAUCUUGAAGCAAUCAAAUUUAUCUGCAAGGACUUCUGGUCCGAACUCUUCAAAAAGCAAAUAGACAACUUGAAAACAAAUCAUAGGGGCACCUUUGUCUUGCAAGAUAAUCGAUUCCGCUGGCUUACUCGCAUGUCGGUGGAUCCUCAAAAUGAAUCACAAGAUAAUUCUGCAGAUGGUGAAAACAAGGUAGCUCAAGCAACAAGCAUGCAUCUAUAUUUCCCAUGCGGAAUCAUAAGAGGUGCUCUUUCAAAUUUGGGAAUUCCUUGUGCGGUUUCUGCUGAUAUUUCAAAUCUUCCAGCAUGUUCAUUUGUUGUUCGUAUAAAGGCCUGAUGAGAAGUGUAUCAAAAAGUAGAGAUUUUAUCUUUGGGAUAUGAAGACUUGGUAGAUCCUUAACACCACCCUCCAGUUGCAAUCCUUUCUGUUUUGUUUCCUUUUCUGCUUUCUUUAUUCCUCUAUCUUCUCCUAGUUCACAAAACUCUUAGCACAAAAAUCUGUUGGACAAACGUUUGUUGUAUGAAAGUCAAUAGCGAAUACUUUUCAGAAUUUCAUGAUUGUAGAGAUACAUUGAGGUUUAUUUUAUAUUAUACCAUUUGGGAGGAUUGGUUCAUA